AUGGCGGACGCCGCGGAGGAAGCUCUUCAGGGCAGCUGGGACCAGGACCUCGCCGAGGCUCUGGACUCGGGAGGCUCCGACAUGGAGAUGGAGAGGAGCGUCGUGCAGGAGAGCUCGGCCCAACACCGGGCCAAGAUGUGGAAGAUCGCCCUCAACGUCUCCGGCAAAGGGGACAGCUUGUCUCCCUGGGACGGCGUCCUGGAUUUACCGGAGCAGAGCCUCAUCCACCAGCGCAGUGAACAGCUGAUCGACCAGCUGGAGGUCUCGGAGGAGGAGCGUCGGGGCUCGGUCUGCGACGUGGAGUCCGUCAUCAGCUUCUACUGCAAGUCCAGGAACAUCUGCUUCAGCCCGGAGACCAGCUGGCCGCACCUGCUGAAGCCGCUGCUGGGGCUCCGGCUGCCCCGCAGCGACCUCUACAACUGCUUCUACGCCGUCAUGAACAAGCACAUCCCCAGGGACUGCGUGCCGAGCGGCCGGCCCUUCCACCUGUACCGACUGCUGCUGCAAUACCACGAGCCGGAGCUCUGCAGCUUCCUGGACACCAAGAAGAUCACGCCCGACUCCUACGCCAUCAACUGGAUGGGCAGCCUGUUCUCCAGCCACUGCCCCCCCGACGUCACCCGGGCCCUGUGGGACUGCUACCUCCGGCAGGCCGACCCCUUCCUCAUCUUCUUCCUCAUGCUCAUCAUCCUCGUCAACGCCAAGGAGGCCAUUCUUUCACAAGAAGGAGAUAGCAGAGAGGACAUCAUCAAACUGCUGGAAGAGUCUCCUUCUCACCUGGAGGCCGAGGACGUGGAGGACCUGUUCUCCCUGGCUCAGUACUACCAGAGCAAAACCCCUCUGUCCCUCAGGAAGAUGAACCAGAACCUGUUUGGCUGCAGCCUGGUGGCUCUGAAGGAGGAGGACACUGAUCUGAGUCAAGCGCUGUGUCUCCCCGUGUCCGUCCCCGAGAUCCUGCAGGCCAACCAGCUGCAGCAGGACGGCGUGCGGUUCUUCGUGGUGGACUGUCGGCCUGCGGAGCAGUACAACGCCGGCCACCUGUCCACAGCCUUCCACCUGGACUCCGACCUGAUGCUCCAGAACCCGUCUGAGUUCUCCCUCUCCGUGAAGUCCCUGCUGGAGGCCCAGAAGCAGUCAUUGGAGUCGGGCUCCAUCGCCAGCGGGGAGCACCUGUGCUUCAUGGGCAGCGGGCGGGAGGAGGAGGACAUGUACAUGAACAUGGUGCUGGCCCACUUCCUACAGAAAAACAAAGAGUACGUCAGCAUCGCCAAAGGAGGAUUCAUGGCCCUCCAGAAGCACCUGGUGGACAUGAACAUUGAGGGUCUGGACUCCUCGUACCUUCACUGGAUCGUUAGCACGUCUGGAUCUCACAGCAGCCUCAGCUCCACCGACGGAGACUCUCUGAGCCCCGGAGAUGGAAAAGGAGUCAAAUCUCUGGUGAACAAGAUGACCUUCGCCUUCAAGUCCAAGUCUGUGAACGUGAAGGAGAAGAUGAUCAGCUUCAUCGAGAACACCUCCACCCCCGUAGACAGAAUGGCUUUCAAUCUGUCGUGGCCAGAGAAGGUGAUUCCAGAUCGACAUGUGAGCAGCAGCGACCGGGUUGGCAAAGCCUACCGAGGGGUGAAGCCCGUCUUCAGCAUCGGUGAUGAGGAGGAAUACGAUACAGAUGAGAUCGACAGCUCCUCCAUGUCGGACGAUGACAGGAAGGAGAUCGUCGGCAUCCAGACGUGGACCAACAAGGCCGACGUGAAGCACCACAUCCCGUGUAACGAGGUGAAGGAGACGGGUCACAUGUUCCCCAGCCACUUGUUGAUCACCGCCACUCACAUGUACUGCCUGAGGGAGAUCGCCUCCAGGAAAGGCUUCGCCUACAUCCAGUCCAGACAGGCGCUGAACUCCGUGGUGAAGAUCACGUCCAAGAAGAAGCACCCGGAACUCAUCACCUUCAAGUUCGGCACCAACAACUCGGCCGGGGUCGAGAUCUCAGCGGUGGAGAGGUAUCUGAUCCCCAACGCGGGCGACGCCACGAAGGUCAUCAAGCAGCAGAUCAUGAAGGUCCUGGACGCUCUGGAGAGCUCGUAGAGGGAGGCGGCGGGAGGCCGUCGCCAUGAACUGAAAGGAGGCCGAGAGGGAGCCCCUCCCUCCCUCGGCCCCCCGCUGGACAGAGCCCCUGCGGUGUUGACUGGGAAGCCCCGCGUGUCGCUGUGUGGCGAGGGACAGAAGCACCGGCCGCCGCCGUCAACCUUCUCUUGCAUUAAGUUACUAAUAAUGUUGUUUAUAACGUUUGUUUUCCGUCUUCGUUGAUAAAACAUCGGAUCGCUUUGCAGUGCAACUCUUUGGCCUUCAGGUGGCGUACUGAGCACUGCUUCUGAUUUAAAGGGCCAGUUCUGUGUGUGAUGGAUGAGCAGCGUGACGUUGCUGUGGUCUCAGAGCUGCUGCUGUGAGACUUCAAUGAAUCUUAUUAACUCUUUGAGUCUCACUUGUGUUUGUGCUCUGCGGCGCAACAUGACUCUUUGUGGCGUUCCUUCAAACCCAGAAGUUCUUUUAGAGUCGGCGCUUCACGCGGCUUCAUCUGCUGCAGUGACUCUGAGUCUCCUCUCACCCAGUUGUUGUCUUUGUAAACGAAGCUGCUGCUGCUCAGCCUGACGUGUAUAAAGCAGAAGUAAUGAUCAUUGUUCUGGUUAGGAGGUGAACGCAGGUCGGCCAGCUCAAACAUCCCCCCCCCCCACACACACACACACACACACCUCAGUUAUUCUGCUCCGCCUCUGAUGGAGCAUCAGACCUGGACCUCUUCUUUCUGGGAGCUGUAUAAUAAUAGUGAUAUCACAUGAGCCUCCUCCAGUAUUGGUUGCAUCCCUCACACACCUCUGACGUCCCGGACAGUCUUCUGUUUGCCGAGGACGCUUUCACCUCUGACAGGAACGCAGACAUCAUUUGUAAAAAGUCAUUCUAUAUAAAUAUAUAUGCACAUAUAUCAUGUUUCCUGUCCGUGUGUUAGACGAAGCAGCUUUAGUUUCCCCUGUUGCCUUCGGCCUCACGACGCUGUGUGACCUGCUGCUCCUCUUCCUCCUCUUCCUCUUCGGUUUCUGACUCUUUGAUGUUCGCCAUCGCGUCGGCUCAAACUGUAGAUUUUAGAUUACGGGCGACGUAAACUAGAACCUCAACGCAUCGGGACCACUGACGGCGUAAACAUCAGAAAGAACAACAUGAAUAUUCUGAGAUGAAGUUGUUUUAUGGAGAUGAAGACGCCCUGAGCGAGGAGACGGGAGACGGUCCUCAAAGAUACACGGACGAGUUCAUGAGUAUCAAUAAGACGGAUUGGUUUGAAUCUGAAUAUUCAUGUUUUUUGGGGGGUUUUUUACAUUUAUUUGCCACUAAAAUCUUGGAAUGUAAAUUGUAUUUUAUUUUAUUUUUCUCAAAUGUAACACUUUCCUUUCAGAUGUUAUUUGGGUUUCUUCUUAAUGUGUCACUUAAAUCUUGGAGAUUAUAGAAAUGUCUUCCUAAUAUAUAAACUUGAAACUUUUCUUUUCAUUAAGUGUUAUUUUCUCUCGUAUUUUAACCGUUUUCAUCUCAAAGAACGUCUUUUUGUUUUACAUAUGAGAGUUGUGCAUGAGACUUGUGGUCUCCUGGUCUUGUGGUCUUGGUCUCGUGGUCUUGUGGCCUCAUCAGUAUCGAGUCCACCAGUCUUUACGCUUCAUGACGUCACCGGCGGUCGAAAUGCAACAUGUCGAAAGUGUAAUUUGCACCUUAAUGUACUUAUUAUUAUUUUCUAAGCGUUUCUGAUUUUAAUAAAUGGAGAAUAUUGGACUUCCUUUA